AUGACCGUCCCAAAUGAUGUUGCUCUAUAUGAUCUUGCGAUCAAAGCAGGAGUUCCUAUGGAUAACAAAGUUUUUAGAAGAGUAUAUGGCUUGAUUUCACUGGGUUGCAGUCCAGACGUCAUUUUUUCAAUGUUAAAAUAUCUCACAUCUGUUCAAUUAGUCGAUUCUACAGAAUUAGGCGAUCGUAAUUCAAUAUCCAAUAUUAGUACAACUACUAGCAGGAGUACUGAACAACAUCAUCAGGUGAAUCGAUCGAGAUUCCCAGCAAGUCGGAAUUUAGAAUCACAACAAAGUUUUCUUGGUACUUUUAGUGAUUGUGAUCAAUAUUUUAAUGGACGGAAUUAUGAAUUAUGUAGAAUGCUGUCAAAUAAACCGAGAGUUACACAACAUCAUCUAUAUUCAAAACCAAACUUAUAA